AUGGGGCAGUUGCCCUUUGCCGAGGAAGACUCACCGAACAAGCGCCGAAAAGAACUCGGGCCCAGAGCAAAAAGUGAUAUUCCGGUGAACCCCUCUUCCGACUCCCCCCGACGCUGGUACAGCCGGCGGUCCUUGGUAACGCUGGCGCUCCUCGGCGGCAUCCUGGCGCUGGCAGGCUUGGGUUGCGACGCCAAUGCCCACCAAUCCAUCCUGAGCUCCACCCCCUGGACCUUGGACGGCGUGGGCGGGCCGGUGGCGCGCGAGCAGUUGCUGCUUUUCAACGUCCUCCUGUGGACCAUGGUGAUUGUAUUCGUCCUGGUCGAGGGUGCCCUUCUUUACGCCGCCAUUCGCUUCCGCCGCAAGCCCGGCGACCCGCUGCCCCCGCAGACCCACGGCCACACCCCCCUGGAGAUUGCCUGGACUAUCGUUCCGACUAUCCUUAUCUUGGGGUUGGGCGUAUGGUCCGUGAUUGUUCUGUUCAAACUCGAACCUGGCGAGGCCAUCGCGCUGGCAAGGGCCGAGGGGCGAGAGCCGUUGCGGGUCGAAGCGGUGGGACACCAGUGGUGGUGGGAAUUCCGUUAUGAAGACCCAAUACCCGGAUCAGCCGACGACGCCCUGGUCACCACGGCCAACGAAAUGCGCGUUCCGGUGAAUACCCCGGUCAUCAUGGAACUGAAGAGCGAUGACGUGAUCCACAGUUUCUGGAUCCCCAAGCUCGCCGGCAAGCAGGACGUGGUGCCCACCAAGACCAACUCGAUGUGGUUCCUGGCCGAAGAAACCGGGAUGUACUACGGGCAGUGCGCCGAGUUCUGCGGCACCGCCCACGCCCAGAUGAAAUUCCGUGUCCACGUGCUCGAGGAGGCGGAUUACAAUGCCUGGGUCGAUGGUUUCGCCGAACCCGUCGAAUUGUCCGCCGAAGCGUCCCGGGGCCAGUUGGUGUUCCUGGGAGAUGGGCAGUGUGUGACCUGCCACACCGUCGGAGCCUCGGACACGGUGAAUCCAGCCACGGGCGAAGGUGUCCAGCACGGCCGUAUGCAGACUUACAUUGCAUACACCAAGUGGCUGGACAAACGUGCGCAUGAACGCCUCGAAGAUGUUCGAACCGGAAACGAACCGCCCACCGCUUUCGCCGCGCCGAAUCUGACCGAUUUCGGGUGCCGUACGACACUUGGGGCGGGGUUGUUGGACCGCAAUCGGGAAAGCCUGCGGCAGUGGAUCCGUGACCCGGAUGGCAUCAAGCCUGGCAACCGCAUGUCCGAACUCGCGGCCAUCUACCAGACCCGCUUGGACCAUCGAGCUGACCUCACCGAGACGCAACUGGGAGACCUGGUGGAAUAUCUGUCAGCCCAGGGACCCGACAUCUGCCUCCGGUAG